UGACGUUGGCGUCAAAAUAAAAACAAGCUGAAGUACUGUGCCACGUUGUUCUAUAUUCCAGAUUGGAUUUUUUUUUUUUUGUAAAUACAACUUGGAUUCUUUCACUUGGAGUGAAUCAACGCUUCAACGAGGACAUAACAGCGUCGACAGUUAGCUAAUAAAAACAGUAGCUCUCUAACUUCACAGUGACGUCAUAGUCGAACCCAUUUUGAUCAAAUUGACGACUAGAGCUAAAUUCAAGUCUCGUUAGUCUCGUAUUAGUUCAGUUAUGUUUCCUUUAGAUUGGAACAUCUCGUUUGCGGGCUGCGGCUUCUUGGGGAUCUACCACGUCGGUGUCGCCAGCUGCCUGCUGGAACAGGCGCCUUUCCUGGUUCAUAACGCCAGAAACAUUUAUGGAGCAUCAGCUGGAGCGCUCACUGCCACUGCUUUGGUCACUGAAGUGUGUCUAGGAGAGACAGGUGCUGGUAUCAUCAAUGUUGCCAAAGAGGCCAGGAAGCGUUUUCUCGGACCCAUGCAUCCAUCUUUUAACCUGAUGAAGAUAUUUCGUUUUAUGUUGCGACGGACCCUGCCAGCCGACUGUCACGUGCGGGCAACUGGGAGGUUAGGAAUCUCUCUGACCAGAGUGAUGGAUGGAGAGAAUGUCUUGGUGUCACGCUUCAAAAGCAAAGAAGAGCUGGUGCAGGCCUGUGUGUGCAGCGCCUACAUUCCUGUGUAUUGCGGCUUUAUUCCGCCAAUUCUUCAAGGAGUGCGAUAUGUCGAUGGAGGAAUCUCUGACAAUUUGCCUCAGUAUGAGCUAAAAAACACCAUCACAGUUUCCCCAUUCUGUGGCGAGAGCGACAUCUGCCCACGGGACACGUCGAGCAACCUACACGAGCUCCGUUUCACCAACACAAGCAUUCGCUUCACUCUCAGCAACUUGUACAGAGUUUCCAAGGCUUUUUUCCCUCCAGAACCCAUGGUUCUACAAGCCAUGUGUAAACAGGGCUAUGAUGAUGCUCUGCACUUUCUAAAGAGAAACGGCCUGCUGGACUUCAACGGGCCACAAAGCGACCAACCGCUAUUCACUGUUGGCGAAGGAAAUCAUGUUUUUGGCGUUCCUAAUAGAAGCCAAGAAGAAGGGGUGCAGCUGCUUCCAGAAAACAAAGGAUCGCCAUUGUUUCAUUCAGAUCACCUCGUCGAUGAGCAUAUCAGCAAACACCUUCCCCCGUAUGUGCACCAAGCUCUGAUUAAGGCCUGUGUGGAAAGGCAAACUCUGCGGCGGUCGCUUAGCAACCUGCUUCCUGUCAGGGUGGCCUCAGCCAUGAUGCUCCCCUACACUCUUCCGGUGGAGUCAGCUUUGUCCUUGACUCUCAGGCUUGUGGAGUGGCUGCCCAAUGUGCCGGAAGAUGUCGGCUGGAUUGGGGAGCAGAUUAUAAAAAUUUUACAGCACGUUCUCCGACAAACAUCCAGAAUUGUUAUAGAGCACGUUUCUGCAAGGUUUUCUUGUCAGCUGGAGCUGCAUCACUACCAGUCCCUGCCAUCACAGCUCUCCAGCACCAUCUUGUUUCCUUCCUGGGUGAGCAGCAGUGGCGCUUCAGUGCAAGAUGUCAUCAUGCGACUGGAUCAGUACAAGAGACAGCUGCUGUCUGGAGGGAUGUAUAUUGACUUGGAUCUGUACGGAUCCUUCACCAGUUGUCUAGUCACACAGGACAAGGGUUUGCCAUUGACACUGAGUGACACUGGACUGACAAUGCAUGCAGAGUCACUUACAGAUAAAAUGAACUUCAUGGACGCCUUCGGUGGCUUCCCUCAAACCGCAGGUGUAUUGUAACAUCAAGCUGAUUCAGAACUAAAACAAGUUAUCACAGACAAUAUUUGAUACAGAUGCAGCUUCCAUUUCUUAAUGAAGUCUGUACCUACUACAGUACUUGUGUUGGGAUCUGAUAUAAAUACUGCUGGUGACAUAGUAACAAAAUAUAUUAGAAUGUCAAGCUUUACUCUCAUGUUAUGCUGCACAUUUACAAAUAAUACAGUUGUUGUAAAUGCUUUGAUUGUACGUGCAUAUAGCUUAAGUAGUGUAUUUUCGCUUCAGCCAUAGUGUUUUGCAAUAAAAUGCAAA